AUCGGUUUCUAGACACAGAAAUUGUGCUUUUUUAUUUACUGGGUUUAGCAUAAUAUGUAUAUUGUUAAGGUAAUUCCGUUUUAAAUACAUACAGUGAUAAGUAUAAACUGUUCCUGUUAAUCGAGAGCAAUGUCAGAGCAGGGGGAAAUACCUUGUCUUGGGAAGACUGUCCUGAAAUUUGGUAAUCUGUCGAUCAACGCCAGAAGGAACCGCGAUUCAACUCAUAAACCGUUCCCCGCCAAGCCGGUUUUAGACCUACCAUGCGUUCCUCCAUUGCUACUGACCAAUCGGGUCGCUCUAGAUUGCGAAAUGGUGGGAGUAGGAAUCGAUGGCAAGGAGCAUAUGCUGGCACGAGUUUCUGUGGUGAACGAACAUGGAGAUGUCCUUGUGGAUUGUUAUGUCAAACCGCAGCAAAUCGUGAAAGACUAUCGCACUAGGAUAAGCGGUGUAAGCCCAGAACUCAUAGAAGCAGGUUUUGAGUUUGCUGCUGUUCGAGAGUUGGUAAGAAAGUUAAUCUACGGUAGAAUACUGGUGGGCCAUGCACUGAAAAACGACCUGACUGUGCUCAAAUUGGGGCACCCCAAACACAACAUCCGCGACACAUCCCGCUACAAGCCGAUAACGAAAAAAGUUUUCGCCCAAGGCACUCCGAGCUUGAAAUCCUUGACAAAGCAUCUCCUCAAAGUAGAUAUACAGAAUGGCACUCAUGACUCCGUCGAGGAUGCCCGUGCUGCAAUGAAUAUCUAUUUAUUGUUCGAACAAAGCUGGGAAAAGUCUGUUCAGCAGUCUAGAAAAUACUGAACGUAGCGAUGGUGGAUCCGUGCAUUGCAUUAG